AUGGCGGAAAAUCCAACGCCGCCGCCUCCGCCGCCGCUUAAUCUGACGCUAUCGUAUUUGGCUAGGGUUUCAGUUUCAAGGAGAGAAAGCGAGGGCCGUUGGAUCAUUGCGGCUGCUGUAGCUAUGGCGAAGGGGGGUUACUUCUUGGAGAAGGUUCGCAGAUGCGUACGGACUGUGUUCUUCAUGGUGGCGAUGGUGGCGUCGCUGCUGGUGUCGUCGCUCCCGGUGCUGGUGGCGAUAGGGGACAUGUUGGUGCCGUGCGUGUUGAUUUCGAGCUUCACGUGCGUAACGUGCUACGGAUUCAAAGAGCAUUUGCAUCGAUACGCCUUCAAGAGCUCGCUCACCGAUAUUCCUCUUGUUUCCUUUAUCAGAUCUCUCAUCAUUACCUGUGUGUAUUCCAUGUGCGAUGGCCCUGCUCUCUCACACGGUCCAUACCUUGGAACUGUGACUUUCUGUUCCUUUAUCUCAAUUCUUCUUCUUUCAGUUAAAGCUUGUCUUUUCACUGUAAAUUCUCAAAUAGAGGCUGAAGCUUCGUCUUCCCUCUCAAGGCAGAAGCUCCAUUUAAAGAAGUCAUGGGGAAUGCCUGUCUUGUUUCUCUCAUCAGUAGUCUUUGCCCUUGGACAUACUGUGGUUGCUUAUAGAACAAGCUGCAGAGCAAGGAGAAAGCUCAUGUUUCACCGAGUUGAUCCAGAAGCUGUCCUUUCAUGCAAAACUGUCUUCUCUGGCUAUCAGAAGGUCCCAAGAUCUCCCACUCCUUCGGGAGGAAAAACCCCAAAAAGUGACAGUGAAAUGAGGCGUAAGCCUUUUUCUACAGCUCGAGAUGAAGGGGAACUCCCAGUCAGAGUAAUUACAGAUAUUGAUAGCUUAUUCAUUAUGUGCCGGGGGCUUACUCUUCAUUACAAGCUUAGCUUUCCUGGUUCACCACCUCGUUCCUUGUCAUCCAUUGCAUUUUUGGAACCCAGUCUCAGCUGCAGCUCCCCAAAAACAGUCAUGGGGAGGCCAAAACUAGAUAGGCAUCCCUUAAGUUUGUUAUCGAAAGGCCAAAACCAUCUCCAUAGGAGCUACAGCAAUCAAUUUCAUGGCUCAUCUCUCUUUGUACCUUUAUUGGAUGGUUCUACAAUAUCUCCUGUUCUUUCUGAAGAGAUUCCUGUCUUGAGAUUGUCCAAUGCUGGUGAAGAGGAUGAGGGUAGUAAAUUAAGUUCUGGUACUCUAAAUAAAGACAUGGAAGGUAGUGGUCAGUUUGGUAUUGUUUUAGUCCAUGGGUUUGGGGGAGGAGUCUUCUCAUGGAGGCAUGUGAUGGGGACCCUGGCUCGGCAAGUUGGUUGUACGGUUGCUGCUUUUGAUCGCCCCGGUUGGGGCCUAACCUCAAGGCUACGACGGGAAGAUUGGGAGGAUAAAGAAAUGCCUAACCCUUAUACACUUGAAUCUCAGGUUGACCUGCUUCUUUCGUUCUGCUCUGAGAUGGGGUUUUCUUCAGUGGUGCUUGUUGGUCACGAUGAUGGAGGUCUUCUAGCUUUGAUGGCUGCACAAAAAGUACAAGCAUCAGUGAAUUCUUUCAACGUUAUAAUUAAAGGCGUAGUACUGUUAAAUGUCAGCUUGUCAAGAGAAGUGGUGCCUGCUUUUGCGAGGAUACUCUUGAGAACUUCACUUGGGAAAAAGCACUUGGUUCGCCCUUUACUGCGAACAGAAAUUACUCAAGUGGUGAAUAGGCGCGCCUGGUAUGAUGCUACAAAGUUAACAAUGGACGUUUUGAGCCUUUACAAGGCCCCUCUAUGUGUAGAAGGAUGGGACGAAGCACUGCAUGAGAUAGGUAGACUGUCAUAUGAAACAUUUCUUUCACCGAAAAAUGCAGAAUCAUUGCUGAAGGCAGUUGAAGACAUGCCAGUGUUGGUCAUAGCAGGGGCUGAGGAUGCUCUUGUCUCUCUUAAAUCUUCUCAAGCUAUGGCUUCCAAACUUGUAAAUUCUAGACUGGUUGCGAUAUCCGGAUGUGGCCAUCUUCCUCAUGAAGAGUGUCCCAAGGCAUUACUUGCUGCAAUAUCACCCUUCUUAAGCAGACUCUUAAGCAAACAAGACAUGCAUAGCCAAUAG